AUGGAAUCAAAGGAAAGUCAAAUCAGUUCUUCGAUUAAUGCUUCUGAUAUCGAAAAGCGUGAGCAAAAUAUUGGAUUUAUUGAUGACUCGCUAAAAGAUAAACAAGUUGAGCAGCUUGCUCAAGACUUGGGCAUUGACCAUAAGAAAUUGAUGUGGAAAAUAGAUCUCUGUGUCAUUCCUCCGUUGUCAUUGCUUUACUUUUUGGCAUUCUUGGACAGAGUCAACAUCUCUAACGCUAAGGUUUAUGGUAUAACCAAGAGCCUUGGCUUAAAAGGCGAUCAGUUCAACACCUGCUUGACCUUAUUCUUCGUUCCAUAUAUUUUCUUUGAAAUUUUUUCUAACUACGCUCUAAAAACCAUAAAACCUCACACCUGGCUUAGUGGAUGUAUCUUUUUGUUCGGAUGCAUUACUAUUGGUAUGGGGUUCACUAAAAAUUUCGGUGGUUUAGCUGCUUGUCGUUUUCUCUUGGGUAUUUUUGAAAGUGGAUCAUUCCCUGCAAUUUUCUACAUUUUAUCAACAUUCUACUCAUCAAAGGAAUCCCAAAGAAGAUUCUCUGCCUUCUUCAGUUGUACCUGUUUGGCUGGUGGGGCUGGUGGUGCCAUUGCUUAUAAGAUUAAAGAAUUGGAUGGUCGUUAUGGUAUUCACAGUUGGCAAUGGAUCUUCAUUGUUGAAGGAACUUUCACUGCAGGUUUGGCAUUAUUGUUGUAUUUUAUUGUUCCAGAUUUCCCUGAGAAUUCACGUUUUUUGAACGAACAGGAAAGAAAAUUUAUCAAGAAAAAAUUGGAGAUAUAUUCUAGUGACUCUGGUUUUGAAAUCAAAAACACUUUAGGAGAUGUUGCUAGAAUGUUCAAGGAUCCAAUUAUCUGGGUUACCGCUUUGGCUUACUUCGGCUUGAUUGUUCCAGCUUAUGGUUAUGCCUACUUUGCCACCUCUAUUAUUUCAUCGAUGGGCUACACCGGUUCUGCCGCCAACGAGCGCUCCAUUUAUCCAUGGAUUUGUGCUUUUGGUUACACAAACAUUAUUUCUUUCGCAUCAGACUAUUAUAAGAAGAGAAUACAUUUCACUAUGGUUAACGCUGUAGUUGCUAUUGCUGGACUUGCUAUUGUUCUUGGAUGUCAAAAUAAUUCUGAAGCACGUUAUGCGGGUUGUUUUCUCUCUGCUAUCGGGCUUUACUCUGCCAUGCCAUUAUUAAUUUGCUGGACCAGUUUGAACUACGGUGGCCAUUUGAGAAAAGGUACGGGUACGGCAUUCUUUGUUGGGUUUGGUAACAUUGGUGGUAUUAUUUCUACUUAUAUUUUCUUGGCUGAAGAUUCUCCAAGAUACGUUAAAGGUUUGAGCAUCUGUAUUGCUUUCACCGUGUUCUCCAUGGUUUUCAUGCUCGCGUAUUUUGGCGUUCUUUACAAGUCCAACAAAGACAAGCAAACAAAAGAAUACCAAGAGAAAUUCUUGAACUUGCCUCCAAGAGAGCAAAUCUUAAGCGGGGAUAAAAAUCCUUCUUUCAAGUACUUGUAUUAG